AUGCUCCAAGAGGUUAAAGUAAGUAUAGUCUGUGAUAACUGACAGUUAGCCGUCAAUUCUUUAAGGGCAGUUGGCACCAGUUGUUCAUUCUCUGUGCCAAAAAUUAUAUUACAUUACAAUAUACAUGUAUUCAGUUAUAAAAAUGGGAUUGAAUUAAGGUAAGUCGAGACAUUAGUUAUUAUUCAGUGACUAAUUGAAUGACAAGUCCUUGGGAGAGAAACCCUUUUCCCCCAUCACCAAUGCUACUACUGGCUCAUGGUCAUAUAGCCUGCAGGGAGCAGAUGCAUUUUUCACCUCUUGUUCCACCCGCAGCGAAAAUUUCGGAGGGAGAGAAGCGACCACCAGAAAUACAUCUGUUCGCAGGCUAAUGGUCAUAUCAUGAUGAUGGAAUAUUGAAAUGGUUAUCCCUAUUGAAUGAGGGUGUUCACACGUUUUCCUAGGUAGGUGAACAAUUCUACUGGCCCAAAAAUCAGCUAAUACAUUUUCCUUCACCAAGGCAGAGUAUAAACAAAUGCCCCGCAGGUAUUUUUUAAAAACGUUAAUUAUAGAAAUAGUAAUUUAUUGCAAAGGUUAAUUCAUUUGCUCGUAUUUCUAGGCCUGCCAAUUCAGUUGGAUUUCUGGUAGUUAUUUCAUGCUGCAGAGUUUGCAGGCCAGUGUGGCUUGAAGGACAGACGUUAUUAUUGAUCAGAUCAAUAGAAGUCAUUUGUACCUUUCAUUUUAUAAGUGACUUGUUUGGAUUCUUCUAGUAAGGGUAAUUCACCGUUUAUGCAUAUGUGAGAUCAGAGGCACGGGAUAAAUUAAAAUAGUUAUACAAUGUUUUCUCGUGCUCAUGGCAUACCACGAAUAUCCCACUAUGUUAUCGUAAGUGUUGUAUUUUAUGUAUUGAUUGAAUUUAGUGAAAAAAUCGAUCACUCCAAAAUGCAGACUACAGACUCUGCAGACCAGGGGUAAGAUAUGCUGUUACCCUCACUAUUAUCGAGAGCUAACCAUAAACAGGCUAACCUGAAUGUUAUUUAGGCCUCGUAAGGCUAAUAACCAGAUUGAUAUUUAGGCUAACCAAAUUUUCAUUUUACAGACAGCCUGCAGUGUGCAUUUUUCAGUGUCCCCGAAAAAAUCGAAAAGUUAACUGUAUAUUUUUCAAUCAACCAGGGAAACGUAAAUCGGCACCACCUCAUCACCUUACACAGCCAGCUACUAAACUGGAAAAGACUAAAGACACCUCUAAGUUGCACAAGAAGGCUUCGAAUCCUCAAAAGGCAAAUCAAAAUCUCAAGUCAUACAACAAAAACAUCAAAUUCUCAAUAGACAAAAGAAAGUCACAAAACAAGGCCUCAAAUCCUCAUCAGCAGACAAAGAAACGUCUCAAGUCAUACAACUGGGACUCAAAUUCUCAACAGACAAAGGGAAAACACAAGUCACAGGACAAGACCUCAAAUCCCCAUGACCAAGUUGCACAAGAAGGCUUCGAAUCCUCAAAAGGCAAAUCAAAAUCUCAAGUCAUACAACAAGGCAUCAAAUUCUCAACAGACAAAGGAAAGUCACAGGACAAGGUCUCAAAUCCUCAUCAGGAGACAAAGCAAAGUCUCAAGUCAUACAACUGGGACUCAAAUCUUCAACAAACAAAGGAAAGUCACAAGUCAGAGGACAAGGCCUCCAAUCCUCCUCAGCCAAAAGAAGCGCCCAGAUCUUCUUUUGCUUGCCCAUGGAAAGGAUAUGCCCUUGUAGCUCAUAAUCAAAUAGCUAGGAAGGACAUUUUCUUUGAAACAUUGGUUUCCGGGAGAAGAACCUCAAAACCAAAAGCUUUAAAAGACUUUGAAUGUUAA